AUAUAGUGCCCCAUUCGAAAUAACUGCUUGGUACGGCCCAUACCAACUCCAAUAUAUCUGUUGCGCAAUAAACAGAGGCCCGUUUGUCCAGACAAGUAAAAGCCCUUUUUGUUCGUGGAGGUUCUGAUGCUGUGAUCGCUGAUCGACGGUGGUGGGAGUCGAGAUAUGGAGAAAGCAUUGAAAAUCUACGGGGAGGUUCUGAGAUUGGUGAGGAGGUUGCCAAAGGACUCUCAACCUUACUACGCCAAGUACGCCCGCGAGAACUUCGUCAAUUACAGAGAGGUCGAGGCCAACGACGACCAAGCCCUCCACGAUCUCUUCCUCAGGGCCUACAAUCAUUCCCUCUGGGUCCUCAAUAAGUACUCUGUGGACGAAUCUGCGGCUGAUAAGUUGAAGAAAAUCUGCUCCGAUUAGGGUGCCCGCCAGGUGUUCGAUGUAAUGCCCCAAUGGGUUCAUAACCACUUACUUGUUUUUGAAGUUUUUGCACUGAAUUAUGUUUUUAUUUUUUGGGAAAGAGAUUGUAAGCUGCUGGAAUUGAGUCUUGUACCAAAAGGAUAAUAAUUAUAAUUACAAAAUUGGGUCCUUGACAA